UGCCCUCUCCCCUUGCAUACGAGCUCCCCCGUCCUCUGCGAGAGCUGCUAACAUUCCUUGUCCUUCUUCCCCCGUUCUCUGCUCUCUUCCUCCCUGAAGAAGAAAACUCGAUUGGAUUUAACUUGGGGUCAGAAGAAACUCCUGCUUGCUGGAUCUGGUUUAGACGCCCCGACGGCUAAGAUCCAUGUGGAUGGUUUAAUAAACUGUUCGACAUCCUGGUGAAUCUUUGGUCCCAGUUGAGAAACUGAUUCAGGCUCCUAUGGUGUAAAUUGGCAGUGGUGGAGUGAUUUGGAAUGUUGACUUUGAAAGCUCAGGGAAGAAGCAGCAGGGAGAAGAAAGUAACACAGUGUGCCUGAAAAUGACAACGAAGCGGAAUUUGUUUUUGCGGCUGGUGCCAUGCCGCUGUCUGCGUGGAGAGGAGGAAACUGUGACUACACUUGAUUAUUCUCACUGCAGCCUGGAACAGGUGCCUAAGGAGAUUUUUACUUUUGAAAAGACCUUGGAAGAACUGUAUUUAGAUGCUAAUCAGAUUGAAGAGCUUCCAAAGCAACUUUUUAACUGUCAAUCUCUACACAAGCUGAGUUUGCCAGACAAUGAUCUAACCACAUUGCCAGCAUCCAUUGCAAAUCUCAUUAAUCUCAGGGAACUGGAUGUCAGCAAGAAUGGCAUACAGGAGUUUCCAGAAAAUAUAAAAAACUGUAAAGUCUUGACAGUUGUUGAGGCAAGCGUAAAUCCAAUUUCAAAGCUGCCAGAUGGAUUUUCUCAACUGUUAAACCUAACACAGCUGUACCUGAAUGAUGCUUUUCUUGAGUUUUUGCCAGCCAAUUUUGGAAGAUUAACUAAACUCCAGAUACUGGAACUUAGAGAAAACCAGUUAAAAAUAUUGCCAAAAACCAUGUCCAGACUGACUCAGUUGGAAAGACUGGACUUAGGAAGUAAUGAAUUCACAGAAGUGCCUGAAGUACUUGAACAACUGAGUGGAUUAAAGGAAUUUUGGAUGGAUGGUAAUAGAUUAACACUUAUUCCUGGGUUUAUAGGCACUUUGAAACAACUGACAUACUUGGAUGUUUCUAAAAACAACAUUGAAGUAGUCGAAGAAGGUAUUUCAGGUUGUGAAAGUCUGCAAGACCUACUGUUAUCCAGUAAUUCACUUCAGCAACUGCCCGAGUCUAUUGGUUCUCUGAAAAAGGUGACAACACUUAAAAUUGAUGAAAACCAGUUAAUUUAUUUGCCUGACUCCAUAGGAGGGUUAAUAUCAGUAGAAGAACUGGACUGUAGUUUCAAUGAGAUUGAAACAUUGCCUUCAUCUGUUGGUCAGCUCUCGAAUAUAAGAACAUUUGCUGCAGAUCAUAACUUUUUAACUCAGUUGCCAUCAGAGAUUGGAAACUGGAAACAUGUAACAGUGUUGUUUCUGCAUUCUAAUAAGCUUGAAUUUCUCCCUGAAGAAAUGGGUGAUAUGCAGAAAUUAAAAGUCAUCAAUCUGAGUGACAAUAGACUGAAGAAUUUACCAUUUACCUUUACAAAACUGCAACAACUCACUGCUAUGUGGCUAUCAGACAAUCAGUCUAAACCACUUAUCCCGCUUCAAAAAGAAGCUGACCCUGACACACAGAAAACAGUACUUACUAAUUACAUGUUCCCUCAGCAACCAAGGACUGAGGAGGUUAUGUUCAUAUCUGAUAAUGAAAGUUUCAAUCCAUCUCUGUGGGAGGAACAGAGGAAACAGCGUGCUCAGGUGGCAUUUGAGUGUGAUGAAGACAAAGAUGAGAGAGAGGCACCACCUCGGGAGGGCAAUCUGAAGAGAUACCCAACUCCAUAUCCUGAUGAACUGAAGAACAUGGUCAAAACAGUUCAGACAAUUGUACAUAGACUAAAGGAUGAAGAAUCUACUGAAGAUGCUGCCAAGGAGUCAAAACGAGAAGUACAGACAGUUUCUGUAAAAGAUGUGGGGGUAAAGACCUCAGAAAUUGGUUCGAUAAAGAACAAAGCUGAUGAGAGAAAGCAAUAUUCAGCAGGAAGCUCUGUGCAGAAGCCUAGUGAACCAGAAGCUGAGCACAGCACUGCAAAUUCACAGAUGACUGCACUUGUUAAAACCCUGCAGAACACAAAAACAAUUGUCAACCAUGAAGACAUGCUUGAGCAGGAGUCAGAAGAACUCUCCUCUGAUGAAGAGAUGAAAAUGGCAGAAAUGCGACCACCACUGAUAGAAACCUCCAUAAACCAACCAAAAGUGGUAGCCCUAAGCAAUAGCAAAAAAGAUGAUUCAAAAGAUACUGAUUCCUUAUCAGAUGAAGCUACCCACAAUAGUAAUCAGAAUAACAGCAACUGUUCCUCUCCUUCUCGAAUGUCAGAUUCUGUUUCUUUAAAUACUGAGAGUAGCCAAGAUAUUUCUGUCUGUUCUCCUGACAAAGAAACACAUGCUGCUGUUUUAUCCAAAAUCAGGCGAGAAGACGAAAAUUUGAAUAAUCUUUUGCAAAAUGGAGGAGAAUUGAGUAUUACAGUGGACGAAAAAGUAAAUAUGCAAGAGAAGGUUACAAAUUUGUCUGAAUACGAAUUGAGCAUUGAAGAAAGAUUAGGCCUGAUAGGAAAAGGUGUUGAUGUAAGCACUCCUAUGGAGGAGUCGCACAAAUUAGACCAAAUAAACAUGAAUAUCAAUAAACUCGUUAGUGAAGAGGCAGUGCCAGUUCCUGUAGAAAAGUUAGAAACACAAAAAAUUGUUUCAGUAAUGGGCUUUUUGAAUAACAACGCAAAAGAAGAAAGUGAGCACUUGGAAAAUGGAAAUAAAUAUCGUAUAAAUAAAGUAAAUGGACAUGCUGAGGAAACAGUACAGUCUCCCUGUAAAGACAAACUUGCAAAAAGCACUACAGUUGAUGGGGAUUCUGCUGAGCUGUCUGUUUCUAGAAGCACUGAAGAUUUGUCCCCACAGAGAAGCGGUCCUGUGAUGAAAUCUCACAGCAUCACAAGUAUGGACAGUGGUGGGCCGAAAAUAUAUGAUACUGUAAAUGAGAAUGGAUCUCAACAGCCAAACUCAGUGGUAAAAUCAGGAUCUGAUACUGCAGAUGGAAAAAAUAUUGUCCGAAGUAAAUCUGCUACUCUCCUCUAUGAUCAGCCUUUACAGGUUUUUCCUGGGUCAUCGUCAUCAUCUGAUUUAGUAUCUUCUACAAAAACAGUAUUCAAGUUUGACUCAAAUCAUAAUCCUGAAGGUGCUAAUAUAGUGAGGGGAUCAGUGACAGGCGGUGCACAGAUGCUCUGUGCCCCCCAGUAUAAUAUUCAGUACAGCAGCAGUGCAGCAGCAAAAGAUGCCUUGUGGCCCCAGAAACAAAACACCCAAGUAGAACAAGGCACUUUACCUCCUUCACGUCUGCUUAGGUCUGACAGUACAGAAACUCCCAGUUAUGUAAAGCAUUCUGGCAACAUGAAUUUUUCCAAUCAUAACAAUGUCCGGGCCAGCGCUGUGUACAACACUCACCAGCGGAUGGCUGGGAGACAUGCAGAUCUGUGGGCUGUUCCACCAGGUGACAGACUGCUCCCAGGAGCAGCCAGGCACACACUUCAAAGGCAGAGCAGUGUAUCUUCUACAGCUUCCAUCAAUGUUGGGGAUGGUGGACCUUCAAGACGAGCCCAAGUUCCUGAAGGGGACUACUUAACAUACAGAGAUUUGCAUUCAAUGGGAAGAGCUGCAGCAGUAAUGCCAGGACAGCAGAGGCCUCUCUCUGCCCGGACAUACAGCAUUGAUGGUCCCAACGUGACGCGGCCGCAGAGCGCGCGGCCGGCGGUGAGCGAAAUCCCAGAGAGAACUAUGUCAGUCAGUGACUUCAAUUACGCGCGGACUAGCCCCUCAAAGAGAUCCAACCCGCGCGUUAGCUCCGAGCACUCGUUGUUAGACCCUGCAGGAAAAACUAAAGUCCCUCAUGACUGGAGGGAGCAGGUGCUGCGACAUAUUGAGGCUAAAAAGCUAGAAAAGAGCAUGCUGUCUCGAUCCUUUAAUUCCAAUUAUGCUGCAGUUAGCAGCUUUCACUAUGGCAGCUCUAGGGAUCUGCAUGGCAGCCAGGGUAGUGUUGCCUUGAGUGUUGCAGACGGAAGAGGUUCUGGUGUGCACAUUGUUCGACAUCCCCAGGCUUCUGCUCCAGGAGACCAAUGCCAGGAUGAAGUAUUCAUUUCGGGACAGCAGAAUUACUCAUCUGCCACGCUUAGUCUCAAAGAUGUUCCUCCAGAAAGCAUCAAAAAAACAGCUGUGCAGAUGCCUUUAACAAAUGGACAGAUGUGCCAGCCUCAGAGACUUCCAGCAAACUACAGCCAAGUCCAUCAUCUCCCUCCUCAAUCAUCAGUUGCAAGACAUCCAUCUAGAGAGCAAUUAAUUGAUUACCUGAUGUUGAAAGUUGCCCACCAGCCUCCCUAUACACAGUCCCAGUGCCCUCCCAGACAAAGCCAUGAGUUGGCAAAGCAAGAGAUUCGAGUGAGAGUUGACAAGGAUCCAGAACUUGGAUUCAGUAUAUCAGGAGGAGUUGGGGGUAGAGGAAAUCCAUUCAGACCAGAAGAUGAUGGCAUAUUUGUAACCAGAGUGCAGCCAGACGGACCAGCAUCUAAGCUGUUACAGCCAGGGGAUAAAAUAAUUCAGGCUAACGGAUACAGCUUCAUCAAUAUUGAUCAUGGACAAGCAGUAUCAUUGCUAAAGACUUUUCAAAAUGCAGUGGAACUCAUCAUUGUGCGAGAAGUUUCUUCAUAGGUACCAUGGAUUGUGGGGAUAAACCAACAGAAUUCAUUGAAGGACUAUGGGGAAACUGAAUAUUUUGCAUAUUUUUAUACAUUAAAAGAACUCAAAAAGAAUUAUGAUCAAAAUUUGUACAGGAAAUACUGAACUUGUGGUUAAAGGGGGAAAAAACCACUGUGGAGAACAUACAGGAAUUAAUUUUGGAAAUGCGUUAUGGUGAAUAAACUUGUUUUUAAGCAUUAUAGCAAUCUAAGGAUCACUCCUCCAAGAACAAACCUGUGUUGUUUUUUUGUACAGAUGGUAGGUUUAUUUUUGGAUAAUUCAUACACAUUACUAAACUUUGUGCAAGGCUUUGCGAAGCCUCAGUUGUAGCCAAUGGACAGAUGGCAGGGCUGUCUAUCCUGUAGCUGUUUAUUGCCUUUAUUUUUAUUCACCAGAUAUUAAUGUGUUACGCUGAACCACUUCUGUAGAUACGAACGGGGAUAUGAAGUGUUGGCUUUGCUAUGUGCACAUUGUAUAGAUGAAUGGGUAGAUGGAAGGUGGUGCUGGUUGGACAGAAUAAAGGUCAGGUGAAACAAUUAUCUGCUAUCUAAAUCUGGAAUUAGGAGAGAAGAAAAAGUGUUUAGUUCUGGAGUGUACGUCUACCAAUAGAAAAUGCAAUAAAAGCUUAUGGUGUUUUUUUUUUUUAGGAAGACUGUAACUACAAAUUUGUGAUAUUAUACAGGAUUUGUUCUUAUUGUAGUCAUUGAAUAUUCAUUUGCCACAUGUGCUUCAUGUUUAGUUGUUUUCUUGCAUACAUAAUUUUUUCAACUGUACUGUGGAAUUGUGCCCAGAGAUUUUUCUCUGCUAUGGAAAACCCCAAUUUUGUGGAAAUGGUGAUAAUUUUAUCUUUAUAAAAAAGACUCCAUUUUAAGCUGACAGAUUUUAAAAAUGAAACUGAAAUGGCCAGUUUUUAAGAUUGUUGCCUGUAAUAUAAAUUUAAACAUACAAAAUUAUGCAGGAAAGGCUAUGAAAGACAUCAUGAUUUUGUUUGGCCUUUGCACUGCCUUGUUAAUCAAAAAGGAAACCAUACGCAUGGAGCUAGGUAACCAAAGCAAGUUUAUGAAACUUGGAGCAGUGAUGAAGAAUGGCUGUGGUGCGAUGGAGAGCAAAGGGAGGGUGUACUUAAAACCCACCAGUUCGUAAUGAGGUUUCUUAAAGGGCUGUUCCUACAGGUAACAUUAAAUGUGAACUAGACACUUCAGAGUCAUUAAAGGGUUUCUAAUUACAUUAAUGUAAUACUGAUUUACCACAGGCUGCCUUUGUUCCUUAUUACUGUAUAAAAGGUUCAAUUAUGCUUCUAUUAAUUUUGUUUACCAGAAACAUUAUCUUUCUCCUUUGUAAUUGAAUAGAGACUGCAUAGUCUGCAGUGAUAAUUCAUACACGGUUGUUAUGGACCAGGGAAAAGUGCCAUAGAAGACCGAUAACUGUUUUUAAUCAGGGCUAAUAAUUAGCCUGUCAUUGGAGCAAUAUUCAAUUAUUGCAGUUCAUUUUUAAUUAUGUACAAGUUGGUAGUUUGAGACAGGUAUAAGCGCUUUUUUCAACCCAAAAAGUAAAUGCUUUUAAUAAAGCUAGCAAAAACACCAGCUUCCUUUAGUUUUGGAAUAAUGAGCUGGAAGAGAAAGGAAUUAUUACAUAGCUAGCAGUAAUAAACAGGCAGUACUUUUUUAAUAAGUAAACUCCAAUAUUAUUGCACUUCUUUCAAAGAUGUUAACUAUUGCUUAUUGUACUGUGUAUAGUUCUAAUAAUUUUAAUUGAAAC